ACGAAUCGGCUGACGGUGUAAAGUGUGAACAGUUUUUCCAGCCAAACCUAAGAAAUUUUCCAUUCAAGGUGGAUACAAAAAUUUAGCUGUGAAAAUUCCUAUUUUUGGAAAAAUAAAAUCGGGGAAAUGAUUGGGUGUGAUAAGUACUCGAUUCAAGUGAUGGGAAAGUAUGAAUCGAUGUGAGAUUGCAUUGGCUGGAACUAAACAUCUGUGAAAAAUGGUGGAAGGUGAAAAAGCAUGAAAGUUUACUGAUUUCGACCAUCCCAGUGAAAAGUCGAGUGCCCGCAUAGUUACGAAAAAAAGGGAAUUGGUUUUCGGUGGUGGUGGCCGAGGGUGGCGGUUCCCUUUUGGCAGUCAGCGUUGAAGGUGAAGUUCAACUUCGGUGAAGCAAUACUAUCACUUCGAUAUAGGUGAAGCAGAGAAAUAUUGGACUUGUGGAAUGGAAUUUUUGCUUUCGGUCGAUUUGGCAGCGGCAGUGUAGGAGAAAAUAUGCUGGCAGCAGCUGGCUGUUUCGGACGGCUUUGAAGUUUUUGAAACAGAAAUUCUUUCAUCCUAGUGCUGUACUUUGAAGCUAAGUUGGUAUUUGUUGCAUUUGGGGGAGUAAUCAGUGUGACGCAUUCUCGCUCAAUUGAGAACUGUGGAAGGAUAAUUAAUAGCCAGCAAUAUGUCGAUCCAAACAGAUAAUAUUGAUUUUAAAGAAAAGCUCAUAGCAGCUGUCAAGAAAGAGGUGAAGCAGGUGAUGGAAGAAGCGGUCACCAAGAAGUACAUCCACGAGGAAUCCGGCUCGGUGACUUCGCUCUGUGCUGCGGUCGAAGCCUGCCUCAGUCAGGGCUUGCGAAGACGGGCCCUCGGUUUGUUCAAAACUUCCUCGACUACGGCACUGCUGCACAAGGUGGCCAAGCACUGUACUGAAGCCGCUGCAAUCAGUAAGAAAGUUCAGGAAAUUGAGAACAACGAUCCAAACAAGAGAUCUUCUUCAAGCAGUGAUAGCACAAUUAAACCACCGAUUUUAAAGAAAGGCAGCAGUCAUUCGGUAUCGACAACGACAUCACCAACGGCACCACCUGUUGUCAAGUAUCUCUGGAUCCGGUUAGCACUGUACGAAAAGAAGCUAUCCCGUAUAAUCGAUCAUUUGGUGUCGAACGCCACGCGAUACUACGAGCGGGAUUCUCUCGUUGCCGAUCCAGACUACGGCUCCAUAUUGAGUUCCCUGUUGGUGGGACCUUGUGCUCUAGACUACUCUCGUGCUAAAACUGCAGACCACUUCUGGACAGAUCCACCGGCAGACGAGCUGGUCCAACGUCAUCGAAUAAGUUCAGGGAACCCGGCGUCACCGGCAAUCCGCAGACCAAUGUUGAAUUUCAAACGCAGCCUCCAUACCAGCUCCGAGGAGGGCAGUAUGGCUUCGUUCAAGUCCAACUCGCUGGUGUCCGCUUCUAAGGACUACGUGGAGUCAUUGCACCAAAACUCCCGCGCAACUCUGCUGUACGGAAAGAACAACGUACUCGUACUGCCGAAAGACGUCAGUGAGCCGAUGCCCGGGUACCUUAGCCUGCACCAGACGAUUCAAUCGUUGACCAUCAAAUGGACACCGAAUCAGCUAAUGAACGGCUACACCGAGUCGGAGAACAUCGACAAGAGCUCAUACUGGGCGUACGCGUUGAACGUCAACGUGGACGAAAUUGUGUACGUUCACUGCCAUCAGGCUCGGGGUGGCGAUACGGGUGGAACGAUUAUUCUCGUUGGGCAGGACGGUGUUCAACGUCCACCGAUCCAUUUUCCCGAAGGAGGACACAUGGCGGCUUUUCUGAGCUGCUUGGAGACAGGACUGCUACCGCAUGGACAGCUGGAUCCACCGCUUUGGUCGCAACGUGGCAUUGGGAGAAUCUUUCCUUGGCCGCACAAAUCUCGCCGUAGACCUCUUCCAUCACUUCUGGAAGCGGCCACUAGCGAAGAACUGCCGAUCGAUUACGUGUUCCGCGUGGUCAACAAAGGCAACACUGAUGAAUUCUUGGCAAACCAUGCGAUUCUGGAAUUAGGACGAACCAGCCCACGAUAUCGGGCGCAACUUAGCAGCUGUUCGACCAACGAAAGCAGUGACUGCUCCAGUAAAAGUCUCUCAAUCGACGCGAUGUCCAUCGACAGUCCAAACCCGGCCACAAACCAAUCCACAAGCAUUGCCCUCGUUUGCUCAACGAUGAAGAGACAGAUCAUAUCUCGCGCUUUUUACGGUUGGCUGGCUUACUGUCGGCAUCUGUCCACAGUUCGUACUCAUCUAUCAGGCUUGGUGAAUGGAAGGAUUACCCCGGAUGUUGGUGCCGAAGAAGGGCUCACCAAAGCCCGUUGGGAUGAUUUACACGACGACAAAGGUGUGGUGGCGGAUGAUCAGGAAGUCUACCGUCUGGUUUACUACGGUGGGGUUGAGCACGACAUCCGAAAAGAGGUUUGGCCGUACUUGUUGGGGCACUACACGUUCGGGACAACACCGGAAGAACGUGCAGAGUUGGAUGAAACCACAAAACAUUACUACGAGACGACGAUGAGCGAAUGGCUGGCGGUUGAAGCGAUCGUUCGCCAGAGGGAUAAAGAGAGAACGGCGGUGGCUGUUGCCAAGCUGAGUUCGGGCAGUGGCAGCAUGGAGAACAAAAGCAAGGAUGCCGAAGAGGAGGAGAUGGAGAAUGAGGUAUUCGAGGAAAAUGGCUUCUCGGAUAUGUCAGAACCGGAGAUGGACGAUGACGAGGAAACGUCUAAGUCAAAAUUACCUGAGAAGUCCAAAGAGGAAGCUAAGGAAGAACCUGAGAAGGCAGAUCUGGAAGAUGUAGAAAAACUCGGUUCUCCAGAUAGAUUAGAGCUUCCUCUCUCGGAGCACAGCCGAGAUAUAGACAGUAACAAGAGUUCUCCAUCGGAUUCGUCAUACGCUACGGUGGGUAACGAUUUUGUGGACGUGGCAGAUAUGCUGCCAGUAACGAGCAACGAAAAUGUACUGCCGAAUGACGAGGAGGAGGAAGAAGAGAUGAAAGACCCUGAGGUCGAUGAGGACGAGUUUCCGAUGCCGAUGUCACCGGGGCAUCCACGAGCUGUUAUUGUCACUGAUGCAUCCAUAGAUGUGACGAUGAUAAACGAUACCAAGGAGCAGAACAACAAUACGCUGGAGGCUCUCCCCGAGGAGGGAACAAUCGGUCAGUUAGAUGCAUUGCAGGAACCCAAGUCAGCGUGUGUGUCGCCAGCUAGCUCCAAUGGAGGAAUUUAUAGUAGCGAACUACUGGAAUCAUUUGGACUGAAUCUUCAUCGCAUUGAGAAAGAUGUUCAACGGUGCGAUAGAAAUUAUUGGUAUUUUGCCAACGAAAAUUUGGACAAACUACGGAACGUCAUUUGCACCUACGUGUGGGAGCACCUGGACGUUGGAUACAUGCAGGGUAUGUGCGAUCUGGUGGCUCCGUUGCUGGUGAUCUUCGACGAUGAAUCCCUCAGCUAUGGUUGCUUCUGCCGGUUCAUGGAACGCAUGAUCGAAAAUUUCCCGAACGGUGGAGCGAUGGAUAUGCAUUUCGCCAAUAUGAGAUCGCUCAUCCAAAUUUUGGACUCGGAAAUGUACGACCUGAUGCAUGCUCACGGAGAUUACACUCACUUUUACUUCUGCUACCGGUGGUUCCUGUUGGAUUUCAAGCGUGAACUGAUCUACGCGGACAUAUUCUCGGUCUGGGAGGUGAUUUGGGCGGCGAAGCACGUGGCGUCGGCUCAUUUCGUGCUGUUUCUGGCGCUCGCCUUGCUGGAAACCUAUCGUGAUAUCAUUUUAUCGAACAGUAUGGACUUUACCGAUAUCAUUAAGUUUUUCAACGAAAUGGCUGAGCGACACAACACUCCUGCAGUAUUGAAGCUUGCGAGAAAUUUGGUUCUACAACUGCAAACAAUAAUCGAAAAUAAAUAAAAUGGAAUUGGGUAAUCCAUUAUUUGGUUUAGGCUGUUGUGUAAAAACAAAAUUAUAUUCUAGUGUCGUAAGCAGUCAUAAAUAUAAAAACUGUGGAUCAGUUUAGUUGGACUGGAAUCCAAGCAUGAAAGAAUGUUGAAGAUUACUGAAACAUUGGUGGGAAUCCUCCUUUGUUUACAUUGCAGAGGCAACAACACUGCACAUAUUCGUCUAUCCGGCAGAUUAUGGACCCGUUAUUCAAUAAUCCAGCAGUAAAUAGUGUAGAAGUCAAUGUACUGUCACAUGUAUGUCACUGUUACCUUCUAGUAUACAAAAACAUCGAUACUGUUUCUCCUGUUAUCAAUUUUCAUUUCAUCCAAGAGUCAUUUUGAAGAUGGAUGAAAUCUAUAUAGUUUGAGAAAUUCCUCUUUUUAGGUAAACCAACGAAAGUUAUUUUAUGUGCGUGUAUAAAUCAAAACCUACUAGUCAUGUAUACUACUGUGUCUGUGAAAUGUUUGAGCUAUUAAUAUCAUUAUAAAACUUUUAUAAGUGUCCAAUUAUAACCAGUUAUUUACCCACAGUUCAUUGUUUUAUACCAUAAUCGAAAGUUUUAAUAAUUGUUUUAGAAGGAGCAACACAGUUUCCAAAAUGCUAUUUUAUAGUUUGAAAGGAAAUAUUUACUGAACAAAAUGUUUUAUUAUCGGGUGAUGAAAACUAUUUUUAUACUGUUACAAACUGUCAAAGCAACAAAAACAACUUUCCCCAGCACAAAACUUAUCGCGCUCCAAGAGCACACCCAAACAAAUUUAUUUUUGAGAAAAUAUUUAUUUAACUGCUUUCCCAAUUAGGAAAUAUGUUGCAAACAAAAUCAGUGUCAAAUCACAAUACAACAAAAUAUCUUGAGAAAUGAAUCUUAUGAAUCAUUACAAAAUAUAUUUAUUAAGAUUAUAGAGGCUCGUCCAUGCUCACCCUCGUCGUCCCUGCGUGGGUAUCGAACCCGAGCUGCGCGGUUUGCAAACUGUGAGCGAACAACCUAUCGGACGAGCGAGGAUAGUGUUAUCAAUUCAUCACAUCUUCCAAUAGUAGUGGGUAAAAUCCGGUACAUAAAGGAAUACAAUUUUCGAGUACGGGCAGUGCAUUAUGCUGCCUGGUAAAUAUUUGCCUAUAUAGAUGAUACAUACUGUUUAUAGAAUGAAUAUAAGACUAUAUAUUGUAUUACAAAUACACAAUAACACACACAGCAACAACGUGAGACUAAAGGCGCGAUUUGGGUUUUGACUGCGAAUCACCGAUGGAUGAUUAACGAAGAAGAACUGAAUCUUAUUACAGCAUUUUGUUUUACUCUAUAGUGACCGCGUGUUUUAGUUUGUUGUUUUGUCAAACACAUAUAAAUUUCAAAUAAUUAUGAUAAAUAAUUUUACUCCAUUUUUUUCCAACUUUGUAUCCCACCUGAAAAAUGUAACUUCUCCUUAUUUAAACCAGGGUUCUUAAUUUCACUCAAACUGUAACAGUUCUUCUCUGCAGAAGAAAAUAAAUAUUAUAUAGACGAGAGUGGUGCAGUAUUUGAUUGAGCAAGUACAAUGCAACAUUUGAAGGUACAUUAAAAUAUAACAUAG